GCGCGCAUAACUACCGGAAAUGCAUUCCAGUCCUAGAAAGCUAUCACUGCGAGCGAAGAUUUUUAGUAGAUUGCCACCAGGUGCCGAAUCCCGAAAUGAACCCGGUAGUGUUCGAGAUGUUAGUGCAAACAGUGAUGCAACCGCGUUAGCGGAUAUGGAAGAACCAGGUGAUCCAUUUGCCAGCUGUGAAUCACUGGAUUCCGACGGAUCCAGCAGUGUCGGUGACCAUCUGGUCCACUUUGAAGGCAUCGAUUUAGACUCGCAGUUCUUCAGUCAGGAUUUUCAAUGCACUGCCACCGUCACUGAGGAUGAUCGAGCUGAGCGGGAUUCAAAACCGGAAAUAGCGGCAUUCAGUAAUAGUGGAUCAGAAAGCGACGCAGACGAGAAGGAACAAAUCAACCUGAUGCUGACACAAUUGGUCGAUUAUGAACGAAGACACGGUGAAGCUAGGAAUAUUAUACAAAAUUACGAUUUCAAGCCUGAGGAGUUCGAUAAGAUUGCACUCAGGGAAAUUAAGGAGGAUAUCGCCGGAGUUAUUAAUAAAGCCGAGAACCUCAUCAACGUGGAGGAUGUUGACAUGCCUAGCAUGAAAGAGCCGGCUAUCGAUGAAGAGUGGCAGCAUGUUGAGGUUUUCAGUGGUGAUGAAGGGAAACACGUGGAGGUGGAGGUGGUCGUUAGUCAGCAGACUACCAAAGCGGGUAAGGUUAUCGACAUCGAUGCUCAACUAAGGCGGCUGCUUCAAAGCGAGAAACGAGAAAAGCAUUUACAGCUGCAUAAAGUGCAUUUACUUUGUCUGCUUGGAAAUGGAUUCUAUCUGAAUAAGUUAAUCAACAAUAUAGUCAAUGAUAAUUGCCAGCAAAUUAUAGAAAUCUUGGAACAUUUCGAUAUAGAAACGCCUGAAGAAACUGAACUCAAAUACCUAAGUACAAUUUGUGAUAUAUAUAGAAGCAUUAGUAAAAUACUAGAAACAUCGAGAGCAAUAUUCAAAGGCUGUGAAACAUCACUUAUUCUACUUCUGCUAGCCAUCUUGAGGUUCCUCUCGAUAGAAGCUCGAUUAGUCAGGCAUCUGAACGUGCUUCCUAAAAAUCCCAUGCUUACUAAAGUGAAGCUUUGCGCACUGACCACUCAAUCCCAAAAUUCCAACAAACCUACCCAAGCCGGUUCAAUUCCGACUGAGCGAUAUCGCAAUGUUCCGCUAACGACGGCGGAAAUUCUGAAACAGAAACCAGAGUUUGCGAACUUCUCACAAUUGCCGCAGGUAGAUGGCGCGGACGAUUGCAUCGGAGAGAAACGACUUCGCUUAGACCUCUCAACGGACCCGAAGCCCAACCUGUGGAAACUUAAGCUUAAGACUCCCAUGACCAUGCAUUCGAAGUUGAAAACCAAGUCCUCUCAGACUACGUCCCGGUUUUUCAAACAACCGGAAAAGCUUCCGAGGGCUAAAAAGAAACUCGCUAAGAAGCCAGCUGAAGAUAAGCACCCCAUUCAAAGUGUUGAAACCCUCACCCAUUGGAUCGAAGUCUACCUGCCGGCGGAAAGCCGGUGGGUCACCGUGGACAUCCUGUCCGGUCGGGUAGAUUGCCUGGACCAUGUAGUACAACAGCAGCUCCCACAACCGGUGGCGUACGUCUUCGGUUGGAGCAACGACGGCAGCUUGCAGGACGUUAGCGGCCGGUAUUGGUGGCAGAACGAGACGGGCUCCAGACGCUUGCGGGUAGCGGACAAGUGGUUGAAAGUUCUCACUCAGAGCUACGGGAGACGUCAUCGGAAGGUGAUGCAGGACUUGCUGGACGAGCGGGAUUUUAGGCGGCUACGCUUUCGGGCACCGAUACCGGAGAAGAUUUCAGACUUCAAAAACCACCCCUCCUACUGCCUGAAACGGGACCUGCUCAAAUUUCAAGCCAUCUACCCGGCGGACGCUCCGCCGCUGGGGUUCUUCCGCGAUGAACCGAUCUACGCCCGGGAAUGUGUUCAUACGCUACACUCGCGCGAAGUUUGGCUCCGCCAUGCCAAAGUGAUUCGCCUAUACGAACCGCCCUACAAGGUGGUGAUGUCCAAGCUGAAACGCGAGAAAACCGAACUGGAGCUGUUCGGUUACUGGCAAACGGAGGACUACGUACCGCCAAAAGCCAGCGGCGGUCGGGUACCACGGAAUGCCUACGGAAACAUUGAACUCUUCAAGGAUUGCAUGCUGCCUGAGGGGACGGUGCAUUUGAAACAGACCAACAUUUCCAAAACAUGCCGAAGAUUGAAGGUGGACUACGCAAUUGCUGUGGUUGGGUUCGGCAUCCACGCUGGCGGGAACCACCCUGUAUUCGAAGGAAUCGUUAUCUGCCAGGAGUUCGAGCAGCUGGUGCUAGAUGAAUACGAACGAGAUCAGUUGGAACAAGACAUGAGGAUACACGAGAAGAAGGAGAAGAGAAUCUAUGAUAAUUGGAGGAAACUGAUCAGAGGACUACUGAUUAGGAACAAGCUAAGAAAUAAAUACAAUUUUGGUGAUAUGUGAUCAGAAGAAAUCAGUAUAUUGUAAAAUGUUUGAGUGUAUCAAAAUCGAAACGUGAACAUAAAAAAUAACAUUAAAAUACAAUACUGCUGCCAGAGCAUCUUA